AUGUCUGUACCAACAUUAUCCAAUAAACCAGAAAACGUUGAUUUGCUUGUUCUACCUCACGGAGAAGAAAAAGUUAAAUGCCAAAUAUCAGAUAAAGGAGACUGCAACAUAUUUACAAUUAAAUUAGAGGAUCAUACAAUAGGAAAUUUAAUAAAACAAUCCCUUUGCCAAGAUCCUAAAGUUACAUUCGCCGCAUAUAGACAACCUCACCCUUUGCAAAAUGCAAUUGAAAUAACUAUAAGACCGAAAGGAUACGCUGGUGUAAAAUUACUUUCAGAUAAUGUUCACAGCAUAUUAAAUCAAGUGUCCACUUUACGGGAGACAUUUGCAAAUAGGGUUCAGAAAUAUAAGGAAAAAAAUGCAUAUCAUGGGGAUCGCUAA